GCCACACGAACCCUGUAACCACCCGCACCAUCACAAACCUGAGAUUAUGCCUCACAUAACACGCACGAGCCUGCAAGUUCGAAGUGGCCUCGAUGAUGCAGAUUUCGACGAACUCUGGGUAGCAGUUCGUGCAGCACUCCUCUGUCAAGAGAAUCGCAUCGGCCUUGCUGGGCCAACCGUCGGUAGAGGUUCGUUCGAAGAGUGGGUCACUGCUAGUCUCGAGAGCUGGGCGGGUGAGAUGUAUUGGGGGGCUGAGGCAAGGGGGAUAGCGAAGAGAAAGAUGGUCUGGGGAAGUGCUGGAGAAGAUGGGGAUCGUGAAGAGUGGGCAUCCCAUUCUGACAUGAUUCUACAGGACUGUUUGCUGAUCAUUAUUUGUUUGUUUGUUUUCCGGGAAUCUAGUAUUCGCAAGGUAUUUCGCAGCCUGGUGAUAUACAUCGCUGGUACUGUUCGUUUUUCAAAGAAACUGAGGGUGAUUUCUUCCACUGCUGGUCGUCGGGGGUGCUCACCCGCGGUUGGAGUCUUAGAAGGUGGAAAGGAUUUGGUCGAGAGUGACGGUGCUGGUGUAAUUGCACAGCGCAGAAAGUGCGCUGGAUUGGAGUUUUCGAUACCAUACAUGCCCCCGCCGGACGAGUUUCCGAGAUUCCCGCAGGAAUCUGCACAAUCUGCUCCAGUCCAAAGGAGCAGGCAAAGAUACCCGACGAAGAAGCGGUCAGCCCCAUUACGUAUCAGACUAGGAGAGGGUAUCCCAAAAUCGGAGGGGGGGAGGAGAAAUAGGGGGAAUUUGACUAUUAAACGAAGGGAAAUUGCGCUGGUUUCUAAGCCGGUGGCUGCACCCCCAAACCGUGAUCCUCCUGCACCUCUUCCCAUUGUUCUACCCUCCCACUCCCAACUACCAGACUCUCUUGCAUCCGUUCGUACACCGCUAGGUCCACUUCCGCCCCCAACGCUAGUCAAGUACUCUGAGUCCUCAUCACCGCAGUACAAUCCCCUUCAGCAACUAAAAACAUACUCCUCUCAUCAAGUCUUCGUAACCCGUCUCCACGAAAGAACAUCCGCACUACCAGACUCAACACUGGUGAAACUGGUGUAUGUCAGCGACGCGCAAACUCUUGAGGGCUUCUUGCAAAAGCUGCGUCAGAAAUGGUCGAUUUCGGAGGUGAAGGGGGUAAGGGUUGAAGUUGACGGGCAAGUUUUCGACGUGGAUUUGGAAGAGGAGAGGGAUUGGGGAGUUGUUUUGGGUAUUGUGGAACUUGUGGGUGGCAUCGUGGGUGUGGUUGUUUGUGUUUAG